CUUGCGGUCAUCUUGGGACCAAGAAAUCGUGAAAACGACAACGUAGUCGAGCGCAAUGACCUACACGAACACUGAGAUAGACGAGGAACAAGUACACUUCGCGAAUGUGAUCACGACCUUCCAGAAUUACGGACCAUAUGCCCUUGCAGCCAACAAUCGACGUCGCAAGGACUUAUUCACGCUUCCUAAAGCUGACCAAGACCUCCUGUCAAGCCUGGGAUAUAAGGAGAAGCUCGAAAAGGCUGAUGCUGCAAUCCUCGAGAACGCGGAAUUUCUGAAGCAGAUCGUCGCUAAUCCCGAGAUUUUUGGCAUCGGUCUCGAUUCUGAGUUUGACGAGUCCGAAGAACACGGUGAACAGGAGCCGAGUGGCAGCUCCCUAGAAGACCGCCACUCGCACGAUCACUCUCAUACACACUCCCAUGACCACGGCUCGCACUCGCACUCGCACUCCGCACCCGCUAGCGCGCCGGGGCGCAAGCGAAGGCGCUACAAGCCGACAGAGUUCGACAUGGACAAGCUACGCAGCACGCUUAAGCAGCUCGUCAGGGACUGGAGCGAAGAGGGCGCGGAGGAGCGCGCGCUGGCGUACGAGCCGAUGAAGGCCGCGCUGAUCGAGCACUUCUCGGACAUCCCGGCUGGGGAGAGGCGAAAUUUCCGGGUGCUCGUCCCCGGCGCAGGGCUCGGUAGGCUCGCUUACGACGUCGCCAAACUCGGAUUCGCCUGCCAAGGCAACGAGUUCUCGCACUACAUGCUGCUUGCAUCCUUCUUCAUGCUGAACAAGACCGACGAGAUCCAUCAGCAUACCAUCUAUCCUUAUGUGCACUCGUUCUCAAAUUGUCCUGACAAGGCCGCGUCCUUGCGUCCUAUCCGGAUUCCGGACGUCCUCCCUUCCGACUUGCCACCAGAUUCUGGAUUCUCCUAUGUCGCUGGUGACUUCGAAGAGAUCUACGGUGCGACAGAGCUUGAUCCGUCUGAGCCGCAUCACGGACAGUGGGAUGCGGUCUUGACGUGCUUCUUUAUUGACACGGCCAAGAAUAUCGUCAACUAUUUGCGCAUAAUUCAUCGCAUACUCGCCCCGGGAGGCGUGUGGAUAAAUUUGGGACCUCUUCUGUGGCACUGGGAGAACAACAACACUAACGACCCCUCCGUCGAGCUCGACCUCGAAGAAGUCAAAACCCUCGCAAGAGCGAUCGGCUUCGACAUCUCGAACGAGCGCACGAUAGAUACGACGUACACCAACAACGCGCGCGCGAUGCUAGGCUACACGUACCACGCGGCCUUUUGGACGGCCACGAAGAGGAUAUAGGCCAGCCACGAAGAAAAUAUGGAUCGGCUACGAAGAAGUUAGAGGAGGGCCUACGAAGAAGGCAGAGGACGGCCUACGAGGAUGUGAGACGGCCACGACGGUCGCAGAGCAAGUCAGGACGCCGAUGAAGGGGGCAUAGGAUAUAGAAUU